CUUUCUAUAGAUAAAUCAAACCGAGCGAAUACCUUGAAAAAUACAUACCCACCGCGUGUGUUUGAUUUGGCUGAUUUUUUUAUUAAUUAAACAAAACUGAAUAUCGCAGUAGGUACAUGAGGCUUUUGUUGUGACCCUUUCACACACGAAUGCGUUUUCUCCAUGGAUUAAGUCAGUUCGUCUUAAAGCAGACAUCUAAUGGGUGCGAUUUCCAACGACUUUAGAUAAGCCGUCGUCUACGUUGUCCACUUCUAAGCUAAGUCUUCCAGUAUAUGUGAAACCAUGUCGUCCGACGACGCCGACGACGAGUGCGAGAGCCCGUCGCCGGCUGCCCUGCCCUGGGUGGACCCCCGCUCCAUCCGAUUCACCGUCUUCGUGGUCCUCCCCUCGGAGGAAGUGCGCACGCUCCGAGACCUUCCGUCUGGUAUCACUCUCCUCGAGAUAAAGGACAAACUUGAACUUGAAGCCGGCCUUCCCAGUCAAAUCUACAGCGUCACGUACCCGGAUGGAGAGGAACUACUUCCUGACCAGAAGCUCGUCGUCAAGGAAAACAUCCUGCAUGGUUACGUGCUAAAGUUGCGUAUCCUUGAAACGUGGGUGUCGUUGUACAAGGCGGUAUAUCACAACCAGAUCGAGCAGGUGUACCAUAGCGGUGGCGUCCACCUAAAGGGCAACAUCGUAAUAAGCCCCGAUGAGGCGGGGCGGUACGAAGGCGUCGUGCGGGAACGGGGCGCUGUGGCGCUGUACAUGGCAGCGUACAUGGGAAUGCAACGUAUGGUCAGCAUGCUACUCUCUGUUGGUGUUGACCCCAAUUCCACCACAAUCUUCGGUAGGACCCCACUUCAUGCGGCCGUUGCCAAGGAUAUGGUGGUCAUCAUGGACCACCUAGUGGACAAAGGUGCUGUUAUCCAUCGACCGGACUGUCACGGCGAUUCUCCACUAAAAAUUGCUCAGAAAAUGAACGCAGUUUUGUGCUUCCGUAGAAUUCGCUUAAUGCAACUGAAUCUAAGAGGAAACUCAUGUGUUGCGGGAAAGAAAGGACAAAAUCGCGCAAAAUCGUAUACAAAAGAGUCGUUUUGGGCGCACUCGAGCACGUCAACGGCAGUAAAUAAGUCCGAUGUGUCGAAACAUGCCAUUCGGAAACAGUUAUCAAAAAGCGCUCCAAGUCUAGAAGUCAGAAAGUCAAACCCACGUUCUGCACGGGAUGUGAGAACAAAUUCGUCUCUAAGCAAUGCGACUACUGGUAAGAUAAAGCGUGGCUAUAACGUUAAAUGGAGCGACACCGCAUUCCAGCAUCCGCACACCAGGGUAACUGAAGCCAAAGUGGACGAUGUUGUUAAAGUGCAACCUGUAACGUUAGCGUUACCAAAGACAAUUGUUAAAUUUUCAACAGUUCAAAAUUCAGCGAAAGACGAAAAGGCUGAAAAAGUAACGAAAGAGACACCACUCAAAGCAUCUGACAGUGGGAAAGAAGAGUCAAAAGAUAUCACUCGGGCAAUGAAAUUCACAAAGGAAAGAUUAAAUUACUUCAGCAAAAUGUCGAAGCCUGAACGUGAGUAUGUUCCAAUGGCAGAACGCGAAAAGAGAAAGAAACCUACUUUAGAAUCAAGUAAAGAAGUUACUGAAGCCUUUAAAAAGUGGCUAGAAAGAAAGGAAGAAGAGGAGGAAAUUGCACAUGAAAGCGAAGAUGAAGAACAGGUCCAGGAGUUCAACGAAAGUGACUCUGAAGCUGACAGAUUUUAUGAUUUUAAUAAGAAGGUGCGAAAGAUGAAUAGAAACAAUAGUGCAAAGAGUUUGACACCCGGCAAUCGACCGAUCAUGACAAUAAUGCAGUUUGCAAGCACAACUGAAGGAGACGGCACUAAUCCGCCUCCAGAGUAUCAUAUGCGAGCUUACAGCGAAUGGAGAACCAAGCGAAGGGGGUUUAUGGAACAUUUGCCGAGGAUGAGAACGUCGAAAGAUCUGGAGUUGGAAAAGAGACGACUGGAGGAGAAACGGCAAAAGUUGUUAAUGAACGCGAUUUCCUACGAAGAAUGGAUGGACCACACCGAGGAACGGAAGUUUCUGAUCCGGCAGAUUUUGAAAGCAGAUUUAGAUGAAAUUCGUAAGCUUGAGGAAGCAAAGCAUCAUGAUAGACAAAAGAUGUACUCUUACGAUCUCUGGAAAGAGAAAUUAAAAUCGAGAGAACAAGAAGACAGAAAACGAAAAGAAUUUCAGAAAAUGUACGACAAAGAGAGGUUGAGAGAGAGGGAUGAACAACGAAGUGCUAAAGCUGUAUCAUUCGAUGUGUGGCUCAGAAAAAGCAGAAAUAGUAUGUCCAAGGAAAAAGAGAGUGAGCAAAGACUACGUGUAAAUGGCCAAUUACAUGUCACCAGCAAGCAUGAUCUAGAAUCUUUAUAUAAUGAGACGGAGAACGUAAGAGAAAUCGAUGUAAAGGCUUCCAGUGAACCAUCGUCGUUUACAGAAUCUAGAACAAGAAUUAUAUCCACAUAAAAUGGUGUAUUGUAAUUUAAUAUUGUAUUCAAUAUAAUACAAUAAUAACUCCGUUAGUAGUUUUCAAUAAUUACUUUGUCAUGAAUUUGUUUUAUAUUUUAUUGUUUUGGAUCUAAUCGUGGCUGUCUGUUACUUUUAUAAUUUGAUGUAAAGCAGUAUUUUAUGGUGUUUGAGUAGUUUUAUGUUUGAGAAACGUCAUAUUACUUUGUUCGAUAAAUGGAGAGUUUAGACUUCUAAAAUUCAUCGAUCAGUUAUGUAUAAAUUCAUAGACUUGAGCCUUGAAUGUUGUGCGUAACCUAAAUCCCUAUUUUUCUAGCAGGCGCAAAUGUUUGCAAAUUCGGUAUAAUAAAAGGUGGCCUUCAAAACAUAUACAAUCGGUAAUUUCGAAAUUUAACACACACUUCGCAUUUGUUGGCGAAUGAUUAGUUGUUUUAUUAUGUCGUAUUUCUGUCUGGAUGGUGUCAAACACAAGAUGCUAGACAUCGGAUAUGUUUUGUAUGACGCCUGAAAGCGUUGAGGUGGCGAAAUUAGCUAUAAACCACUCAAGUGACUAUUAAACAGAUUUACAUUGUAUA